UGACUCCCCUCCUCAGGGGUAAAGUGGUGAGUACCUGAGAGGAGUCGCUUCAGCACCAAAAACAUGAGAGUCUUCGUAGCAUUAGCGUGCUUGCUGGUAAACUGCCUGGCCCAGAAGCCUCAGCCGUGUGACUGGCCGCCUAAGAUGACCGGGGAGGCCAUGAUGAACUUUACAGAUGAUGACACCGGGGUCAAAAUCAGAUACGUGUACGAUGCAGUGGGACAGCGGAUAAGGGUCUUUCAGAAUGCAACUCAGUAUAAUAAGACUACCAUGACUGAUUCUCUUCUUCUCCUCAAAGAGGAAGUCAUGUAUGUUAUAAACGACCAGAACCGUACCUGCACCAAACUCCCUUUCAAGGCAGACUUCAUCCCUCUGGGCAUCCCAAAAACGCCUCUCUGCUGGGCCAGGUCAUCCUCGGCAGCUCAUCUGGACCUGGUGAAGGACUCCUGGUCAACACGUGGUCGGGAAAUCUGCCCAGUGGAGGAGGUCAGAGUGUUUAUAUUUGGAACCAUCUAAACUAUUUCUCUGUUCCACAGUCGUCUGUUUUUUUAGUCAAAUCUUUGUCCCAACAGGAGCUUUUAUAAGCGCAGUGAUUUUUGAUAAAUCAAAUUUAGACACUGAUUUGUAUUUUUGCUGUCUGUAAUUUAAAUCAUUUAUGAUGAAAAUAUGCAACUCCAAGCUUUCUUUAUUUGAGUAUAAUACAUUGAAAAAGUAUGAGGAUUUCACAACAGUUUUACUCUGCAGUAUCACUCAAAUCUGAUGGUGGGCAUUCAGAUGUGUUCAUACUUGACAUUUAAAGUGUUCAGUGACCCCUAUUAGAGUUUAUUUUUUAAUCAAAGAUUCAAAAAAUGUGAUUUUUACAGUCUACUUGAUUUUUUUUUUUAAUCAUGCCAAAAUGACUUCAGCUUUCUUUUGUGCAUAAACAGUUUGCAGGUUUGCUCAAUGCAAAAUGUGCUGAAUUGUUUUUUAUUUUUCCUCUGUAAAGCAUACCUUUACAGCGGCCCAGAAGGUCAACUGCUAAAAAAAAAGUUUAACUAAGUAAAACAAAAUGAAAAACUCAUCAUGAAAAGUUAAAAAAAAAAAAAGUUUCAUGAAAUGCAAAAAUGUGUUGACCCGUAGAGGGUGGUGAAAUUUUGGUGGCUAUUUUGGUCAUGUUUUGUCUUCUAUUUGAUUAUUUUGACUGUGUUAAAGGUCACAUAUUUUACCCCUUAAGACAAGUUUAUAUUGGUCUCAGAGGUCCCCAGAACAUGCCUGUGAAGUUUGUUGC